AUGGCGCCUCAACAAAACCGACACGCCAACUGUCCCAUGCUCGUAAAUGGAAAUAACGGCACAAAUUAUCCUCAUUUAGUGCUCGGCAUGGAAGAGUCGCUCGACGGCCGCGAGGGCGGCGCCACCGCCGCAGGCUUCGACUCGGCGGCCAUCUUGAAUGAUGACGUGUCACCCACCACCAGCUUUUGUUACAGCAUACCGAAUCUAUUCAAUGGCUUGGGUCCCGGCUCAGUCCUGUGCGAGAGACCAGACACUGAAGCAGCAGAGACCUUCACAGCUACUAGUGAACCUGCCGAGGAGGCGGAGCAGCAUCAGUACGACGAUGAUGAGGAGUACUCGCCGAAGUCAAGUAAUAACAGAACUACAUUCUCAAACGUCCAGCUAGAGCAGUUAGAGGCUGCAUUCCACAAAACACACUAUCCCGACGUUUUCUUCAGAGAAGAACUUGCCAUGAGGAUCGAUUUGACAGAAGCCAGAGUCCAGGUCUGGUUCCAGAACAGACGAGCCAAAUGGCGCAAGCAGCAGAAGGCUGGCUGCGAGCCCUACCCUGGCAGAGGGGCCAGGUCACCAGAGGAAAGAUCGCCGUCUGCUUUAGCCCUUGAGAUGAGAGACUUUAUUACUAUACCUGUAUCCUCAACACAAAUGGUCAACAUAGCAGAUACACAAAGCUAUACCUCCAAGAAACAGCCAGGUCCAGCCAUCCAUAUAUCUGCUCUUCCCACAAGGCAAAACCCUCAGAUGGAUCUGCCUUCCUUCUCCAUACCUCUGCAGUACAACCUUGGAACGUUCAAGAAGAUCGGAGAAGAUGUGCAGCUGGAUUUGGAGCCGUCAGCAGAAAAUGUUCAGCAGCAAUGGGACACCAGAAUGAUACCAAACUUCAAUCUUAUGAACCUUAAACCUUUAUUAGAAAACCGAGAGAAUAUAGACCUUACUGAACUGAAAUAUGACGUAAAGAACGAAGGCAGAGUCAGCUUCAGCGAUAUAUCUGGAAGUACAGUCCAAGCUGCUACAAUAGAAGCUGAUGAUAUAUUGGGCAAGGAAGUUAACGAAGGACAGACAAUAUCUCCAGACUUCGGGAUAGAAAGGUAUCAGAAUUAUCAUAGUGAAACUGAGAAGAGAUUUAGAGAAACUUUUGAUGAAGGCAUGAUAGAAGAUGGAAGGAACGAAUUUGUUUGUGAUAGUGAUUUUUUGUGCAAAAAUAGUUUUGAUAAGGUUGAGGAGGAGAAACGGAAUGAAUUUGAGGAGUGUAAUCUCUUAGACACAGAUGCUAAUGUUAGCAUGCCAAACUUUGAUAGCAGUCUUUAA